UCCUAGUCGUUUGUCUGUUUUCAUCGCUGAAUAACAGACGAAUGAAAACCCAGCAAUCAAAACGACACGAGUCCAGCAAUUAAAACGACACGAGUAACAGAUCACCGACCCCGGUUCGGCGGCCGUCCGACCCGUAGAAAGAGAACUUUUUUUUUUUCUAAGGUGAUAAUGGUGGCUCAUCUGGGAGCCAUAGCUCCACCUUCGUGCUUCCCUUAUCGUCUUACUCGUCUUCCUCGACUCUCCUCUACCAAGCACAAGCACAGACCUUUUAUCAUGAAUGCCAUGAGUGAUGAUCCAAUCCGUGAAUGGAUUCUCUCUGAAGGAAACGCGACGAAAAUAACAAGAAUUAGUCCUGUAGGUGGUGGUUGCAUCAAUCGUGCCAAUCGCUAUGACACUGAUGCUGAUUCUUUCUUUGUCAAAACAAAUAGGAGUAUUGGACCCUCAAUGUUUGAGGGAGAAGCUCUUGGAUUAAAUGCCAUGUACGAAACCAAUUCAAUUCGUGUACCAAAACCAUUCAAGGUUGGGUCCCUACCUACGGGUGGUUCUUACAUUAUCAUGGAGUUUAUUGAAUUUGGUUCAUCUAGAGGUGAUCAGUCUGUUCUAGGAAGGAAACUUGCAGAAAUGCAUAGAGCUGGAAAAACAGACAAAGGCUUUGGUUUUGAUGUUGAUAACACUAUUGGAAGUACUCCACAGAUAAAUACUUGGGCGUCAGAUUGGAUUCAGUUUUAUGGAGAACAUAGAUUGGGCUUUCAGUUGAAGCUAGCACAAGACCAGUAUGGUGACAGGACCAUCUAUGAGAAAGGACAAAGAUUGGUGAAAAGUAUGGGACCCCUUUUUGAUGGUGUGGUGAUAGAGCCAUGCUUGUUACAUGGAGACUUGUGGAGUGGGAACAUUGGUGCCGACAAAAAUGGAGAGCCUAUUAUACUUGACCCUGCAUGUUAUUAUGGACACAAUGAGGCCGAGUUUGGAAUGUCCUGGUGUGCUGGCUUUGGAGGAUCUUUUUACAGUGCCUAUUUUGAGGUGAUGCCCAAACAACCAGGGUUUGAGAAGAGGACAGAUCUGUAUUUGUUGUAUCAUUACUUGAAUCAUUACAAUCUUUUUGGUUCUGGCUAUCGUUCUUCUGCCAUGUCUAUAAUAGAUCACUAUCUACGGAUUCUAAAAGCCUAGGCCUUCCUUUAUUUGUUUUUUUUUUUUUGGUGACCAAGUUCAAUAUCAAUGUAUAUUGUAUAUACCAUCUAGCUUGUCAUUUAUACUAUUUUGAUCAAUUGAACUCUAAAAGCCUAGGUUGAACUUU